GGCCAGGAGGGGCGGGCGUUGCUGCUGGGGCUGGCGCUGCUGGUGCUGCCAUUCCUCCCGGCCACCAACCUCCUCUUCACCGUCGGCUUCGUCAUCGCCGAGAGGAUACUCUACAUCCCCAGCCUGGGCUACGCGGUGCUGGUGGGCGUGGCCCUCUCGCGGGCGGGACGGCUGAGGGCGCCCUGCCUCCUGCUGCUCCUCGUCGCCGCCUCCUGCAGGACGCUACAGAGGAAUCGGGACUGGGAAUCCAGGGAGACGCUCUUCUUGGCGGGCCUGAGGACGCUGCCCCACAACGCCAAGAUGCACUACAACUUCGCCAACCUGCAGAAGGACCUGGGUAACGCCGACCUCGCCAAGCUCCACUACAUAUACGCCAUCAG